AUGCCGGCUAACGAAGAUAAGGAGAACAAUAUCGUAUAUUCAGGAAAUGGAAGUUCCAAUCUCAAUUUCCCACAAACACCGGCUCAUCUACUGAAAAGAUCACACUCUAAUGUGUUAAAGCCGCCAACGAGAUUGGACCAACUUAAAAAAGACGUCAACAGCAACAAUUGCAACGCCUUAAAGUACAUACAGGGAGGAAAAGAGGUAUCACCCACAAAAAGGUUACAUACUCAUGCGCAACAACAAGGGAGGUUGCCUCUGGCAGCAAAGGACAACAACAGGGCUAAAAGUUUUAUCUUCAUUCCUGAAAAUUCAAAUCAGAGUAAAGAUGCGGACAUUAUACCGCAACAACAAAAUACGUUAUCUAUACGCAAGAACGACCAGCUCAGAAAGCUUUCGCAGAUCUCUCGGAAUCGUAAUAGGGUAAAUCAUAGCGAUUUGUUGAACAACACAAGAAAAUUACAGAAGUACGGUUCUGUUCUUGGUUAUAAUGCUUUACCGAAGAUGAAAAGUUUGGUUCUAAAGGAUUUGGUGGAUCCAGGUAAAAAUGAAGAGAGCUCGGAUGAUGAUGACGGUAGUGAGGGGUCUGAGAAUAAACUCAGUAAGAAACUCCAAAAUGCACUUCUACAACAGCAUUCCUCUGACGAUGAACAUGAAUUUAGUGGUGACAUUGGGUUAUUCAAUAAUCAAGGCGGCCUGCAACAACUCAUAAAGAACUCCGUGCAAAAUGAAUCGAAAUCUAAAAGUGAUAACGCUGAUGGUUACGAAAUUGAAAUAGCACCACAGAGACUGGACCCACUUCCAUAUGUGCCAGAUGGCUAUUCACCCUUUCGACAAGAAGAUAUUCAAAAGCUGAAAUCGUUCAACUCACCAUAUGAACUUGAUUUGGAAGACGAUGGUGGUAGCACCGAUAAAGUUGAUUUGCUUCCACUAGAGGCAAUCAACGAAGAAAGCGAGCAAGAUGAGAUUGUGCAUAUAGCUGGUGAUCGAGAAGAAGGGACACCAUUACCGUUAUUAUCUAAGAACCUAAGGAAAAUCACCGCAAUUCCAACCAUAGAAUCACUAUGUAACGGUGAGGGACUCGACCCUGAAGAAUUAGAAGACUUGAUCACUUAG